CGACAAAAACAACAUCCACCCGACAAUAACAAGCAUUGCUGGGUGAACUUUUGAGUGAACUUCUAAUCGAACUGGCGGAAAUUCAACGUCGAAAUCCCACCAGUCACUAUGCCUUACUCGAAAGGAGAGCGAACCAAGCUGAAAAACCAGCAGUUUCGUGAGCAGCAAAAACAACAGUACGAAGAUGAGAAGGUCGACGACAACACUGAACAGAAUGUGACUAACGAUAUAGAAUGUUGUGUACCGACUGUAUGCUUGAUGAACGGCGAGCCUGUUAAUAUACACGACCCAGAUGAAGUGGCUAAAGUGGUCUGUAACAACCCAGGGUGCGAUAUCGGAAACUACAUGCACAAAUGCUGUUUUGCUGCCUGGGAAGACGAGGUGCUGACUUACCUACGCUCAUCGGGUCGGGCCCGAAGUUGGUCUGAAAAGCAGCGUCGCCAAAACCUGUGGACAAAGAAGGGAUUCGACUUAGCAUGGAAGGCAUGCUCUUGCAAGUGCAGUAAGGGGCAUUUGCGCAAAGACCUGGAUUGGAUACCACCGAAAAUACCUGACGGCCAACGCAAAGUGCGACGCAAAAAGAAGUCUGGCGAUCGUCCCACUAUUGGUAUGCUUGGAAGCAGUGUCAAAAAAUCACAACCUCUUGUGGGAGGUUUGGGGGCAAGGUUUCAACGACAGGGCUCGACAUCCUCGACUGAAAACUACAGUCCACCCAGCAGCGGCGAUACUAUGCGUCGCAAAACAAGCAAUGUAACAUUUGAAUUCCCACCUCCCAUCGGUAACUUCAACAACGAGUUGCGUAACGGUUACCAUCUGGGAAGCCAGUCUAAUAUACGCGGGCGGAGUUCAUCAUCGUCCCCAACCGAUGAGAACGUAUCUGGUAUACGCUCUUUUACGAGCCCAGGCAGCACGAAUGCCAAGCAUAUCGGAAUAUUGAAUAACAACAGCAAGCAUAGCCCAGGAGUACACUUUCUCCGCCGUCUGGAUUUCACUUCGUUUCAGAGUGCCCUGCCUAAGCACAAGUUUAAUGCAUACCAUAUACGCAUGGAAGAAGAUGUAAACGACGAUAUACGGGCGUUUAUUUUAUCCACGUUAAGCACGUACGAGACAACAUACAUCAUUUGUACACUGUGUGGCCAACAGUUACCUGUGUUUGAUAAAUACCCCUUAAUUGACGGGACAUUUUUUCUAACCCCACAGCGACACACUGAUGGUUGCCUGCAGGUGUUUUUCGAUAACAAGCCUUUGCACCUGAGCGCCGUAUGUGUCAAUUGUUUAGAAGGCGCUCAAAUUAUUAUAUGUCGUGGUUGUAAGACCCGUUGGGAUGGAAGUCAUCAUCAACUGGGCACAAUGUAUAAAUACGACAUAUUCGCGGCUCGGCCGUGCUGCUCUAGUCGCUUGGCUUGUAAACACUGCGGUCAGCCAGUCAUUGAUAUACGACAAGCAACCAACUAUUACAGCGACUACUCACAAAAUAUACAAUGCCCUCAUUGCUCGGUUUCCGACUUUCACUUCGUGAAACCACUUAGCAGCUACGAGCUUAUACAACACCCUUAGUCGCAGAACUCACUCAUUAAUAACAUUAUCAUAUUUGAGUCUAUUUAAAAUUGUAUUUGCAUACACUGUAUUAUGAUAAACGUAUGUAUCUAGCACGUUCUCUGUUGACAAUAUGCUUUGCGUAGUUGCACAUCGUAUACGUAGUGAAACCAUGUUUAUUGGCGAAAGUUAUAUUAGUUUGUAAUUCAUUUUCAUGUAAAUCCCGUAACAGCUUGUAAUUUUUCGAAUGCAAGUUCCGUAAAAGUAAAACGGGCAUUAUUAAAUUUUGUAUAUUUGCACAGUGUAGAAGUUCCGAUUUAACGUUCAUAUUUUUUGUACCGUGCACUGAUGUUGACUGUACAAGGUAGUAGAAGUUACCUUCAAAAGGUGGACCGGUUUCUGGCACAAUUGUACAAUCCAAAAGAUUUUUCUGGUUAUAAUAAGAUUGUAUUAUGUGAGUGGGAGAUAAAGUACACUUUGACUUGAACCAA